AUGAAACGCUGGCAGUUGGACUGGCCAUUGUUUGCGAGCUGCUCAUCUGCGGUUGUACGCCUUGCACUGGAAUCCCAGUCAUUUGUGGUUGAGCAUUUUGCACUGGAGGCCCACCGACAGCAUAUCGCUGACUUUCCUCUGGGCCUGGUUUUGGGUGCUCUAGGCUUCGAUUGCUGCGGCACCCAGCACAACGGAUGGUCUGGAUGGUUUGUUGGUGGUCUCAAGUGUGCUCCUGUGGCUACCUGGGGUACCAAGGCCUACUUAGCGGAGUGA